GCAGGUGAUCCGUCUCGGGAUGAGAGAGGAGAGUGGCGGCGAGGGGAAGAGAGGGGAACGCUCUGAUGGGGAAGUGUCCAGGGCUAGGUUUGAAUAAAAAUAAGGAUAGCAGCCACCUUCAACAUCCACUGUAACGCUCGGCGAUGAGAGCUUCACCGAAAGGGGCACUUUGAGAUAUGAUGAGGUUUAUUUCCGGUCGGGAAUAGUACUAUGAUUUGGUAUGUGGCCACUUUGAUAGCAAGUGUAUUCAGCACCCGAGGAACAGCCGCUCAAGGUGCCCACGGAGUGCGAGAGGAGCCCCAGUUUGUGACGGCACGUGCAGGAGAGAACAUCAUCCUGGGGUGCGAUGUGUCCCACCCUUUGAACGGCCAACCCUAUGUGGUGGAGUGGUUCAAGUAUGGAAUGCCAAUACCUUUCUUCAUCAACUUUCGGUUUUAUCCUCCUCAUGUGGACCCAGAGUAUGCUGGCCGGGCCAGUCUAUACGGCAAGUCCUCCCUGCGGAUAGAAAAUGUUCGUUCAGAUGACCAAGGCUGGUAUGAGUGCAAGGUGCUGAUGCUGGAGCAGCAGUAUGAUACUUUCUACAAUGGCAGUUGGGUGCAUCUAACUGUCAAUGCCCCUCCCUCUUUCACAGAUACGCCACCUCAGUAUGUUGAGGCCAAGGAGGGAGGAAGCAUCAUUUUGACCUGCAUUGCCUUUGGCAACCCCAAACCCUCGGUCAGCUGGUUGCGGGAAGGCAACCUUCUGGUCACCAGUGCCAAGUAUAAGGUAUUUGAUGGAAGUUUGACAGUGCUAUCCAUCACCCGAGAGGAUCGUGGUGCCUAUACAUGUCGAGCCUUUAGCCCCCAAGGAGAGGCCAUUCACACAACACGACUGCUCGUUCAAGGCCCUCCAUUCAUUGUCUCACCGCCAGACAACAUUACAGUCAACAUCUCGCAGGACGCCUUCUUCACCUGCCAGGCGGAGGCCUACCCUCGGAACUUGACCUACUCCUGGUUCUGGGAGGAAGACAAUGUCUUUUUCAAGAAUGACCUAAAGCGGAGAGUCAGUGUUCUGAUUGACGGUUCCCUGAUCAUUGUCCAAGUCAAGCCAGAGGAUGCUGGGAAAUACACCUGUGCUCCUAGCAACAGCCUUGGCCUACCACCGACUGCCUCUGCUUACCUGACUGUGCAAUAUCCUGCUCGUGUUGUAAACAUGCCAUCUGUACUCUAUGUGGCCAUUGGUCUGCCGGGCUUCAUCCGAUGUCCUGUAGAUGCCAACCCGCCUGUAACAUUAGUUAAGUGGAAGAAAGAUGGUCUCCCUCUCCGGAUAGAGAAGUAUCCUGGUUGGAGCCAAAUGAACGAUGGGAGCAUCCGCGUGGCAGAGGUGACAGAGGACUCUCUCGGCACCUAUACCUGCAUGCCUUAUAAUGCCCUGGGCUCCAUGGGAUGGUCCCCUCCUGCUCCCCUGGUGCUAAAGGACCCUCCCAAAUUCUCAGUGGUCCCUGGAGGGGAGUACAGACAGGAGGCUGGGAGAGAACUGGUUAUCCCAUGCGAGGCAGAAGGAGACCCCUUUCCCAAUAUAACAUGGAGGAAGGUCGGAAAGCCCAGCAAGAGCAAGCACAAUGUUCUGCCUCGAGGCAGCUUACAGUUCAAGUCACUUACAAAAGAGGACCAUGGGGAAUGGGAGUGUGUUGCCACCAACGUUGCUACAAGCAUCACUGCCAGCACGCAUGUCCAAGUCUUAGGCACAAGCCCCCAUGCACCCACCAGCGUCCACGUGGUGGCAUCCUCCACCUGGGCCAACGUGUCAUGGGAGGUGGGCUACGACGGAGGAUUCCAGCAGACAUUCUCAGUCUGGUACGGCCAUGUGCUAAAAAGGGAGCGUUUAGGUCCACACGACUGGCUCUCUGUACCUGUGCCAGGAGGCCAAGAGUGGAUGGUGGUGCCUGGCUUGGAGCCCGAGACAACAUACCAGUGCAGCGUCCUAGCCCAAAACAAGCUUGGCACAGGACCCUUCAGCGAGGUUGUCACUGUGAACACAUUAGUAUUUCCUAUAAGUACCCCUGAACCAUUGGUGCUGCUUACCCCACCACGGUGCCUCACAGCCAAUCGCACGCAGCAGGGAGUCCUUCUUACCUGGAUCCCGCCCGCCAAUCACACAGCACCGAUCCAGCAUUACGUUAUGGAGUUUCGUUUAGGGGAACGAUGGGAGGUUCUGGAUGACGGCAUCCCCUCAGGCGAAACAGAGAUGCUCGCUCGUGACCUCAUCCAGGAGGCCUGGUAUGAGUUCCGUGUCAUGGCCGUCAUGGAUGACACGAUCAGUGAGCCAAGCAACAUAGUCGGUGUGUCCAGUACAGACUUCUUUCCUCCUCCAGAGCUGGUUGAGGAAUCAGGGUUGGCGCGACCAGUUGUGGCUGGCAUCGUAGCCACCAUCUGCUUCUUGGCUGCAGCCAUCCUUUUCAGUACAAUGGCAGCCUGCCUUGUCAAUAAGCAGCGGCGGCGGAAGCUAAAAAAGAAAAAAGAUCCGCCUCUUUCCAUUACCCACUUAAGAAAAAGUAUGGCCACGCCACAAUCUUCAGGAAAGGCGAGUCCAGAAAGCAUUCGCUCAAAGACAUCCCUAUCAGAAUCAUCUGAGGAUAGCCAUGACCAACUUGGGAAGAAACCACCCUCAAGUCCAGGAAAGAAGGAGGAGUUGUCUCUGUAUAAGAAGACCAAAAGAGCAAUAACAAGCAAGAGAUACACCAUCUCUAAGCAAGAGACUGAAGCAACAACACCUAUUGAACUCAUCAGUCGCGGUCCAGAUGGGCGCUUUGUCAUCGAUCCCACUGAUGCAGAGUUUUCUGUCAAGCCUCGCCGAAUUGAGGGUUUUCCUUUCGUGGAAGAAUCGGAUCUCUAUCCUGAAUUUCGGCAGUCGGAUGAAGAGAAUGACGAUCUUAGGCCUCUUCCACCGGUUAUGGCCCCCCUUCGGCCUCACCAGAUUUCACCCAUCUCCAGUCAUGAAUCCUACCUCCAGCCUCCAGCCUAUAGCCCCCGUUUCCAGAAGCCCUUUGAAGGUAUGACUAUCAUGGAGAGCAGUCGACUCCAGGCCACGGGGCAGAUUCGAGGCUCUCUCCAUCACAGGGCUUUCUAUGGCUACUUGGGCUCGCAUGGGGAUCAUGAUCCUCCUCCUCCUUUUUACAUGACCGAUACUAGUCCGCUGAGCUCUGUCAUGUCCUCCCCUCCAUACGUGACUGAAAGUCCCUUUGGUUAUCCCAUGAUUCCAGAAGAAAUGGGGGAGGGUGAUUUCACACAAUAUGCUGUCUCUGGCUUCCCUUAUCCUCUGACACUAGGUUCUUCCUCCCAUUCACCAGAAUUUUGGCGGGGAAUGGAUUUUACAUUUUCAACCGUGGAGGGGCCCCAAUUCAUUUUUCCACCUCACCACUCUUUGCAUCUGCGCCAUGAUUCUCCCUAUCCACCCCCACCACCUGCUCUUCCCCUUAGUGCUUUCCAGACCUCCUCCCUCCCAAUGCCCACCUAUCCAUCUGUAUUACCACUCGAAGCACCACAGAGCUACUCGAGCAAGUCUCCCAGCAAAGCCAGGCCUCAUGGCUCUCCAGCCAGGCAUUUAGCUAUGCAAGAGGCUCAAAUAGGGCAGCUAAGACGUACAAGCCACGGUAUGGGUGUUCCAGUUAUGCCUUACACUGAUCCAAUGGCCCAUAUCAGACCUAGCACCCUCAGUAGCCUGGAUACCCGAUGGUUUGAAUCGACCCCCCAUUUCAGUCCAAGACAGGCUCGUAGGAUGGAUUCUGGUGUGCAUCAAGUGGUUCUCCAGCCUUCUCGACUUUCCCCUCUCACCCAAAGUCCCUUUAGUUCUCAUGAGGGAUCCCCUGAGAUUGUUGUACGUCCCCGGCCACGUCCAAACGUUAUUCACACUCCCAUACCCCCAGAGAUGUCUGAGAUUACCCUCCUACCUCCAUCCACAGUCACCUUCUCAAGGAGAUCUUCCCCUUCUUCCUCACCUGCACUAGGCCAGGGUAGCAGAAGGUCCAGCCCUAGCUAUCGUUCCCACAUGGCCUUUGCUUCAUCUGCAACCAGCUAUCCAGCUUCCCAGUCCCCAUCGCCACCCAUGGAAAGCAGGAACAUAUUUGGGCAGGUGCCAUCGCACAGGCGGACCGAGGAGGAGAUCCUUCCAUCCGAGCCUUCUCCAUCCCAGUUGUCAGCUUCAGGAAAACGUCGAGGUGCACCGAGUGUUCGUUCGGGGUCUGAGAGGAUUGAUGCUCUGAGAUACCAACGUAUUAGAAAGGCUAAGAAGAUGACAAUGAAUAACAAUAAUUCCAAGACUAGGAGGAAAGCAGGUGUGUCCACCUCUCAGACCCGGCAGGCCCACAUCACUCAGGUACUUCAGCCCGAAGAAGCGCUCUACCUCCACAGGAAAAAGAAACGGCUUGUCCUCCAUGAUCCCUACACUCGCUUCUCUGCUCUGCUGUACCGCCGGCCCCUUCGAGAGGACCAGAAGGCUAUUUUGGCUUGUAUGGACAACGUAGAACUAGACCAUGCCACCUUCCUCUGAAAAAAUCCACACAAAUGAAGGUCAAAAUAGAUUGUAUGGCGACACAUUUUAAAACAAUAAUUGCUUGGAUUAUCUGCUGAGAUGGGGAGAACUGCAUUUUAGUAUUUCGAUGUGGUGCACCCUGUUCAACCAGUGGGCAAUUCAACCAUUUAUGAUGAGUUUUCUACAUUUUCUUAUGACGAUGAAUGAAGAUCAAACACUUCAAUAUUCAUUUCAAUCUCGGCGACAAUCCAUCCAAAAUCCGUAUUUAUAAAUGUUGGCCUCUGGAAUGAAUGCGCUAAUCGCCAUGUUUCCUUGGAUGGUCCCAUUUAGUAUUCUCGUCAAUGUGUUUACGUUUUCAGCAAAUCAAAUCAGAAUGAUACCUGCCGUAGUUUGACAACGAUUUUCUCCAGUGCAAAAAGUUAUUUGAAAUCCGAGUUUUCCCUUAUAUCGUGUUAGCUAAUUGAAAUGCAUGUCAGGCUUGCAUUUCUUUCAGUUUUACACCCUCGUCUCCAUUUCUUCUACUGUAGGUAGUACAGAGGGCUCAAAAUCCUACUCAGAAUAAAUUAGCUAGCCAAAACCAAUAGAGCUGAGGAAAAAAGUAACUCUAUCCAGGAUUUUGUGCCAUAGUACUGGAUUUGCCAACAUAGAAAAUUUAACUGAGAUGAAUGUAUGUUUGGUUGCCUGCCUCAUGCAUCCGUCCAUUUACUUUUAUCUGGGAGCUGGAGCCUAUUCAAGCUGAGCUGAUCUUAGGGCAAAAGGCAGACUAGGCCUAGGACUGGUCGCCAGUCAAUCACAGGACACGUAUAAAGACUGACAACCGUUGACACUCACAUUUACACCGCCACCUAGGGGGAACGGACCCCACGCUGCCUGCGCUGAAGUAAGGCAAGUGAACCACGACACCAUCAGUGACCUGCUGCUUGCUUCCCUUCACUUCAAAUCCAAACGUCAUUUCUACUGAGCCGUUUUGCUUCACAGUAUGAAUGUAAUGUUCCAUUUUGUUCGACUUUGUAAGCAGUCUCAUGAUGUAAGUGAAAGAAUAACCACCUAUGAUGAAAUAGGAUUGGCAGUUAGAGGCAGCUACAUUUUUCAGCGACACUUUUUCGUCCCUGUUUUUUCUCGACAUAUUCAUUUCAUUUUGGAAGUUGUUGAGACGCUAAAAUCUGCUCUUCGACAGACCAGGGAGUGAACACUAUUGGGAUAAAACAAAGAACAGGAGUUGUCAUAACAUCACGGGCUUAGAUUACUCAGUUUCACGUUACUGAGGUACAGUUGGAAUGACUUGAGGAUGACCGUAUUUUCUGCACUAUAAGGUGCUGACGGAUUAUAAAUUGCACCUUCAAUGAAUGGCCAUUUGAGUUCAUAUGCAAGUCAAGGCUGGUGAGCGAAUAAUUUCAUAAUUUCAUCAUGAUUUAAUCAUUUGAAUAAAGUGAGAGAUGGAUGGAUAGACAGACAGACAGACAGACAAUUAGGGCUGCACAAUGUAUCAUCAUCGCGAUAAUGGCACGUGUAAUAUGCGUAUUGCAAAGACGUGCAAUAAGUUUCAUAUGGAAUUGUAUGCGUUUGUCUGGAGUUGACCAGUCGGAUGCAACCUUAAAUGGACAUCACCACCAGGUGAACCGUAUCUAGAAUCAUUACAAACACUAGAUGAUUUUAUAUAUAUAUAUAUAUAUAUA